AUGGGAAUCACCGAUUUCUUUUCCGACCUUCUGAGCUCCGUCUCCUUUGUGCAGGAGGUCCAAGCCGAAGCUCCUGCCGACGACAACGAAGAGUCAAGUGACAGCGGCGAGGGAGGCAACGACGAAGAAGAAGGUGGUGAGGAUAAAAAGGAAGGUGAGGAGGAAGGAGGUGAAGACGAAGGCGAAGAGGAGGGCGGAGAAGACGAGGAAGAAGAGGAAGAGGAGGAGGAAGAGGAACCCGUGGAUCCAAAGCCACGGCUGGAAGAAGAAUGCGCCCGAUCCGCCCAAUGCUCGGGAUACAAGCACCACUUUGACGAAUGCGUUGAGCGUGUCACAUCUCAGGAGGAGAAUCCCGAUCACAAGGGCCCCAAGGAAAAUUGUGUUGAAGAGUUUUUCCACCUUCAACACUGCGCAACACAGUGCGCCGCACCCAAGCUCUUCAAGCAGCUGAAAUAG